AUGGAUUCAGUUUCUUCAUGGGGAAACACGCCCCUCAUCUCCGUCGAUCCAGAGAUCCACGAUCUAAUCGAGAAGGAGAAGCGUCGACAAUGCCGCGGAAUCGAACUCAUCGCCUCCGAGAAUUUCACUUCCUUCGCCGUCAUCGAAGCUCUCGGAAGUGCACUCACCAACAAAUACUCUGAAGGUAUGCCUGGUAAUCGUUACUAUGGAGGUAACGAAUUUAUCGAUGAGAUCGAGAAUCUCUGUCGUUCACGCGCUCUCGAAGCUUUUCGUCUAGAUUCCGCGUCGUGGGGUGUUAAUGUUCAGCCAUACUCUGGAUCUCCGGCGAAUUUCGCCGCUUACACCGCUUUGCUUCAGCCACACGAUCGUAUCAUGGGGCUUGAUCUACCUUCAGGUGGUCAUCUUACUCAUGGUUACUAUACUUCCGGUGGGAAGAAGAUCUCAGCUACUUCGAUCUAUUUUGAGAGUCUUCCGUAUAAGGUGAAUUUCACUACUGGUUACAUUGAUUACGAGAAGCUUGAGGAGAAGGCGAUGGAUUUCAGGCCUAAGUUACUCAUCUGUGGUGGUAGUGCGUAUCCUAGGGAUUGGGAAUACGCUAGAUUGAGAGCUAUUGCUGAUAAGGUUGGAGCUCUUUUGCUUUGUGACAUGGCUCACAUCAGUGGCCUCGUUGCUGCUCAGGAAGCUGCAAACCCGUUUGAGUACUGUGACGUUGUGACAACCACAACACACAAGAGUUUGAGGGGUCCAAGGGCUGGUAUGAUCUUCUACAGGAAGGGCCCAAAACCACCGAAGAAGGGGCAACCCGAGGGUGCAGUCUAUGACUUUGAGGACAAAAUCAACUUUGCUGUAUUCCCUGCUCUUCAAGGUGGUCCUCACAAUCACCAGAUCGGUGCUCUAGCCGUUGCGUUGAAGCAGGCUAAUACUCCUGGUUUCAAGGUAUACGCAAAACAGGUGAAAGCCAAUGCUGUUGCCCUUGCAAACUACCUAAUGGCCAAGGGAUACAGUAUUGUAACCGGUGGAACUGAGAACCAUUUGGUUCUCUGGGAUGUUCGUCCUCUUGGAUUGACCGGUAACAAGGUCGAGAAGCUUUGCGAUCUGUGCAACAUUACUUUGAACAAGAAUGCAGUAUUUGGAGACAGUAGUGCUCUUGCUCCUGGAGGUGUAAGAAUCGGUACACCCGCGAUGACAUCAAGAGGAUUGGUGGAGAAGGACUUUGAGAAGAUAGGAGAGUUCCUUAGCCGAUCAGUGACACUGACAUUGAACAUCCAGAAGGAGCACGGUAAGUUGUUGAAGGACUUUAACAAGGGAUUGGUGAACAACAAGGAGCUCGAGGAGCUCAAGGCUGACGUUGAGAAGUUCUCGGCUUCUUACGAGAUGCCUGGAUUCCUCAUGUCCGAGAUGAAGUACCAGGAUUAG